CUUCACGUCGGCUCGCCCUGAAUUGAGUGAUUCCUUGGGAAGACCCAUAGGUCCGGAGAAGGAACCAUAUAAUACGCAAAGGGAUAUAGGCGAAGGAUACUAGACCAGGCCCGGAAAGGGGAGAAUGCGCAGUUGCAACUCGGAGAGUCUUCGCUGAAUCAAAGAUAUGAAAAUGGACCGUCCUCCUUCAGUUCCUGGCCUGGAGGAACCUAUCAGUUUGGCUGCCCGAAAUGGCCAGGCAUCAGACCAUGUGCGCAGGCGGAGUUCGGACAAGUCUAUUGAGGACUUCUCGUCCCCGGCGCCAACGGAGGCAGAUGCCAGGCAGACUGUCACUAAGCCACCAAACGCGAAACUCCCCUUGCCAAACGAUUUCACAGAUGGCCAAACGUCUCUUCGACACCCGUUUCCCCAUCUAUACCAUUCCUCCAGUACCUCGAGGUCACCCUCGACCCGCACGUCUUCGAGCUCCCUUCAAGCAUUAAACGAAGACAUUGUCGUCGAUGCUCGGUCGGAUCAUAGCGCUCUUGGCCGGAGCUCCAUCUCCUCUCGGAGGAUCUCCCACCUGGGCCACUCCGAGACUCACGCCGCAGAGUACCCCGUCUAUCCUGAUCAGUCUUACGCCGUCCUUCAAUCUCAGAUCCACCCCACCUACCAACCUCCAUUCCUACGCUCCCGCAGUUCUUACCCGUCACGGACUGAGGCGACAAAGUUCGCGCCGUCGCGUCCUUCACGUACAGCGGGGAACACUCCCCUGUCCAGUCCGGGCCUGUUUUCUAUCAGAAGCCCUCGGUCGACGACUCCGUUUGGGUCUGACGACGAAGGCCGCAUCAGUAGUCCGUAUCUUCACCCGACGCACCUCCAGCCCCCUAAGGAGACUCAUACUGCUGAGGUGGAUCGAGACCUUGUGACCGGAAACAAGCUUAUCAACCAGUAUGAGAUCCUCGAGGAGCUCGGGCGCGGUGAACAUGGGAAGGUGAAGCUCGGCCGCCAUGUUACGACCCGGCAGAAAGUGGCAAUCAAGAUCGUUCAGCGGUACUCAAAGCGCCGUCGCCUCGGAAAACUUGGAAACCCCGAGGAUAAGGUUAAGAAGGAAGUCGCCAUCUUAAAGAAAGCACGGCACCCCAAUGUGGUCAGUUUGUUGGAAGUCAUCGAUGAUCCGAAUCGCCAAAAGGUCUACAUUGUCCUCGAGUAUGUCGAAAAUGGAGAGAUUAUCUGGCGCAAGAGAGGACUGCGGGAGAUCGUGCACGUCGAUAAGCGCCGUCUGGAGCGUGAAAGGGCGGGCAUUCCCGAGACACCCUCGUUCUUGGAGGAAAAUCAACAGUAUGUAAAAACCGCUCAGCAUCUCCGUCGUCAGCGCGAGAAGGCGCGCGAACGACGUCAAGCGCAGGCAGCAUAUGCACAAGAAGCCCCGAUUCCUGCUUGGAGUCUAGAGCAUGGUGCAGAGUCGGAUGACGAGGACGUCGAACCCGAGGGCAUGAUUGCGCGCAUCCCCAGUCGCUCCAUCAUGAGUAACGAUGAUGCCCAAUCCUCCCCGAGCCAUUCCUAUGCAUCAGGCCAUGACUCCGCACUGGCUGCCGUGGAAGGCAGUAUGUACGGCGCCUAUGCAGAUUACUCGUUUGAAAGACGGUUUAGUACCGCGUCAAGCAGCUUUGGUUAUGCGCCUUCCGAACCAGAAUGGUUCAAUGACGACGACGAUAUGUCUUACGUGCCUUGCUUGACUUUCAAUGAAGCGCGCAACGCCUUUCGAGACUCGUUGCUCGGCCUUGAAUAUCUUCAUUACCAAGGCAUUAUCCACCGUGACAUCAAACCCGCCAACCUUCUACUGACCAGCAACUAUCGUGUGAAGAUUUCUGACUUUGGUGUGUCGUAUUUGGGGCGACCCAUCAGAGACGAGGAAGAAGAGCAAGUGGAGGAGACGGAUGCUACCGAGCUGGAUGAUGCUCGCGAGCUGUCCAAAACCGUCGGGACACCAGCUUUCUAUGCCCCAGAGCUGUGCUACACAGGCGAUGAUUUUGUGGAUUCUCUUGGCGCAGCCCCUCGGAUCACCGGCGCUAUCGACGUUUGGUCUCUUGGUGUAACCCUCUAUGGUAUGAUCUUCGGGCGCCUACCUUUCGUUUCCGACGAUGAAUACAGCAUGUUCCAGACUAUCGUGAAAAAGGAAGUCUUCAUCCCGCGAAAGCGACUACAGCCCGUGGAAGAUGACCCCGAAACCGUCAGUCAAUGGCCUCGCUAUGACGACAGCAGCAAGCGGAUGGAAGAUGAGCUGGUGUACGAAGACAUCGACGACGAACUAUAUGACCUGCUUAAGCGUCUGCUGACCAAGGACCCGGUUAAACGUAUCACCGUGAAGGAGAUCAAACAUCAUCCUUGGGUUCUACAUGGCCUUCCUAAUCCUAGAGCCUGGGUGGAAGAGACUGAUCCGGGCUACCAAAGCAAGGGGAAAAGGAUUGAGGUGUCAACCGAAGAAGUGACCACCGCCGUCAGCAAAGUGCCGUUCAUUCAGCGCGUGCGAUCCAAUGUCGCCAAAUGGUCUAACUAUCUGACCGGAAGGUCUAAGGAGAAGGAUGGUCGCAAGCGGACUCCCAGCAAUGCUCCGUCGGCCGAUUCUUCUUCAACUACGGGCAGCACCGCCUUUGGGAAAUACCUUUGGGAUAGUCGGCGACACAGUCUCAGAGGGGACGAGGAAUUUCCCCGUUCUCUCCGACUGCCCAGGGAGGGCGAGCAUCCUCUCUCGCAGAGUGUGACCGCAAGCCCCGUGGGUCGUGAUGAUCAGACCAGUUACUUCGCCCAGCCGGACUCCGUCCCAUCGCACGAUCAGACUUCGCGCCCCGACCCUCCGGAACGUGCAGCGUCCACAUUGUCCACCGCCGAAUCCGCAAAGACCCUAAAGCCAUCCGAUCACAAGAAACCACCAGCACCACAGAGUGCUGGCACUCCUGUCCGUGUAGAAACGCCUGGGACUACGAACGUCGGUGGUCUUUUUGGCGGCGCGAGCCGCCGGCUUGCGAGGGGCCUUCAACCUGGAGAAUGGCGUUCCGAUCGGUCUAUCUCGGGUGAGACCGUGUCUCUGGAUGGUGACCACCACUCCGAGCCCAGUCUGGCUUUGAGUGUCGCAUCCGCUGUGGGUCAAAUGCAGCAUUGCAACUUGCUGUCGAACGAGGAGCCGCUUUUGACUCCUCCGGAUGGCUCCCUCUCAGGGAUCUCAAGCCAUCGGCGAAACCGAUCCUACCAGCCUCCAGGCAAGCAUUCUCCCGAGCAAUUCCACCUAACCAAGGAGGCAUUGCUAAGGAAGAGGCGGAGCGAGAUCGGGCCGACCAUUACUGGAGAUUAUAUCUCCCGAGGAGAGCACGAGCCGUGCCAUGGUGACUUUUCAAACCCGCGGGCAGAGACUCACCCGCCAGCCUCAGACUCGAUGAAUGACCAUUCUUCCGGCGAUCCUCUUUCAGGAGGACUGACGACAUCACCGCCGUCGGCUGCUACUAUCUCUUCGUCGUCAAUUGACGAAUAUACUAGCGGCAUGUCCCAGAGCACCUCUCACCCCAGCAUCCCAUCUGUGAUUUCAGGCGCGUCGUCGCUCUCUGGUGAGGCAGGCUUCAAGGAAAAGGAUGCCGAAUCAGCGGCUCAGGUUCCUUCCAUCCUUCGUACUGGCGAGACCGUCAAGGCCCGGCGUCCUAGUCCAUCGCGCCCAGCAGAAGAUGACGAAUGUCGCUACUAUUGUGAUGACGAAGAUGAUUCCGAGGACGAGUCUGAAGACGAGGGCCUUGUUAUUGGCAAAAAGAGGGCAACCCCUCAGAAGCCAAUCAUUCGUGCGGGACAGCCAAAGUCAUGAUACAACGCACGCUUGCCGUUUCUGGGGCGUCUUGUAGUUGUAGCCAUGCAGGCAGGGAACAUCAAAAGUUUCCUUCACGACCGUUACAUGAUGUUGCGUUUGAUUCUCUUUACCU